ACACACACACACGAACACGAUUUGGAGGAAACGAAAAGGAAAUUCAAGAUGAGUUUACAAGCAAUUUUACACCUAUAUAUGUUAUAACCUGUAUUGCCCAAAUUUACAAAAAGGAAAUUCAAGAUGAGUUUACAAGCAAUUUUACACCUAUAUAUAUUAUAACCUGUAUUGCCCAAAUUUACAAUAAUACGCCGUAGCCACUCCCCCAACCUUUUGCUUAUUUGCAGCACGUAAAGAAUCUUACCUCUUUUUUUCAAUCCGCCAUAGCCACUCCCUCAGCCUUUUGUUUUUCUGCAGCAGCAAUCAUUGUCAUUUACUUCAUCAACAACAACAAAAAGAGUAAAAAUGGGAAGCAGCAACCAAGCUUCAAGUGACAUUGAAAACCCAUAUGUUUCUAUAGCAAUUUCCAUGACAGAGGAGUUGGAUAGCUUGCCUCCCUUAUCUUCGGUAUGUUGUAUUUACAGAGUAUCUGAGCGAUUAAGGCUUGUGAACGAAAAGGCAUAUACACCACAAGUAGUUUCCAUUGGUCCUCUCCACCAUGGCAAGGAUUGCUUAAAAGCAAUGGAAGAGCACAAAAAGAGGUAUCUACGUGAUUAUCUUAAACGGACUAAUGUAAGCUUGGAAGAUUACAUAAAGAUUGUUAAGCAAAAUGAACUUGGAUUGCGGAGUUGCUAUGCGGAAACCAUUGGAUUCGACACUGAUGAAUUUGUAAAGAUAAUCCUAGUAGACUCUGCCUUCAUCAUUGAGGUCUUGUUAAGGUACAGCAUCCCUGAAUUUCAGGACGAGCACGAUCGGAUAUUCAACAAGCCGUGGAUGUUGCAGGAUGUCUGGCCUGACCUGCGCUUGCUUGAGAAUCAGUUGCCAUUUUUCAUACUUGAAGAAGUUUAUAAGCCUGACAAAAUUUCAUUGCCUUCUGGACACACUGAGAAGCCUUCAAUCAUUAAACUUGCCCACAAAUUCUUCACAACACUGAUGCAUUUAGAAGGGACUGAAACAAAGUUGGAGCAAAUCAAACCUGAAAAUGUUGCACACUUUGUUGAUUUUCUGAGAACCUUGUAUAUACCAUUGAACCCACGUGAUGGAGAGAAAUUUAAAAGUCUAAAUGCUCCCAGCAUGACAGAGCUACACCGUGCAGGAGUUAAGUUCAGAGUAGCAUCAAGCAAAAACUUGUUUGAUAUACAUUUCAAUAAUGGGAUUCUUAAAAUUCCUAAGUUAACAAUAAGUGAUGAGAUAGAACUGACCAUAAGAAAUCUACUAGCCUUUGAACAAUGCCAUUGCGUAGAGAAUUAUCUGAAUGAUUAUGUUGUGAUUAUGGAUCGACUUGUUAAUACUCCAAAGGAUGUGGAUUUGCUUGUUAAAUAUGGAAUUGUAGAGAACAGGCUAGGGGACAGCAGUGAGGGAGCUAGUCUGAUAAACAAACUCGCAGAUGGGGUUAUAAUGGACUCUGAUGAUUUCUAUUUUGCUGGUAUUUGUAAAGCGCUCAAUGAUUAUUGCAGCACCUCCUGGCACAAAUGGAAGGCGAACUUGAAUCAAAAUUAUUUCAACACACCUUGGGCAAUUGUCUCUGUCACCGCGGCUAUUCUUCUUCUAAUUCUAACUAUCAUACAAGCGGUUUGUUCUAUUCUCCAAGUUAAGGAUAGUCCCCCCUAACUUCUUGGUUUUUUAUGCUUAUUGUUGUAUGUCCAAUUAUACAUUGUCGUAUUUACACAAUUUCCUACCAGCUUAUGCGAGCCAUUUUGUAGUGUGGAGUAAGGAAUUAUAUAUAGGUAUAUAAGUUUAAGUAGUGUAAUGUUUUUUGGAAAUUAAUGAACUGAUCUGUAUAAUGUGUAAGUUUGUUUGUAUGCAACGUUGUAAGAGUUUGAUCUAUUUAUUGGCUCAAAGACUUAUAUUUA